UUAUGCGUCGUAUCCUCUAUGACCCCGUUGCAUAUGCUCUAAUUGCCGUGGCUAAAGCGCGACCAAAGUACCCUGGCCUCUCCUUGGAGGAGUCUGCCUUGAAAUUUAUGGCGCUUCACAUGAAGUGUUUUAAUGAAAAGAACACUGCCAUACAAGCGGAACAAUACAAGGCAAACUUUGAGAAAUUUUUGAAACGCGCGACGCUUUACAGAUCAAUGACGGAGGCCUCCGAGGAUGUGGUGAAAGAAGAAGAGUUCUUGAAACUGUGCAGGGAAUGGGAAAUGGCUUCCGACAAAACGCAUGGGGAUGUGUCUAGCCUGGUACAUCUGCGGUCAGUAGAUUGA